CCCCUCCCACCCACCCCGAACUAAAGCUUAACAGGUUGGUGGUAUAAUUUGUAGACUUUCAGGGUGUCAUGCUAGGAGCUUAGGCAAGAGACUAGGCAUCUCUUCCCCAGCUUCCCAGGCACUGUCCAGCUGGAUUUGAAAAGCAGGCAAGUGACAGGAGGAAAGAGGUGGAAGCCGGCAAAGUAACUACCGUUUCUCAGCAAAGUUUGAGAGGGGCCUAUGGCCAUGAGUGAGUUGGAUGCUCAGAAGACCUGUGAUGGAACUGUUUCUCGUCUGCUCAAUGUGGUGGAAAGUGAGCUUCAGGCAGGGAGGGAAAAAGGCGACCCUACAGAGAAGCAACUUCAGAUCAUUCUGGAGGAUGCCUCUCUCUGGCAGAGGUUCAAGGAAGUCACUAACGAAAUGAUCGUGACCAAGAACGGCAGACGGAUGUUCCCGGUCCUAAAGAUUAGCAUCACAGGGCUGGACCCCAAUGCCAUGUACUCACUCCUUCUGGACUUUGUCCCAACGGACAGUCAUCGCUGGAAGUAUGUCAAUGGAGAAUGGGUGCCUGCAGGCAAGCCAGAGGUCUCCAGCCACAGCUGUGUCUACAUCCACCCAGACUCCCCCAACUUCGGUGCCCACUGGAUGAAGGCACCCAUAUCCUUCAGCAAAGUGAAGCUGACCAAUAAGCUCAACGGAGGUGGGCAGAUAAUGUUGAAUUCUCUGCAUAAAUAUGAACCCCAGGUUCACAUAGUGCGUGUUGGAGAUGCCCAUCGAAUGGUGAUGAACUGCUCCUUCCCUGAAACCCAGUUCAUAGCUGUGACUGCCUAUCAGAACGAGGAGAUAACAGCUCUCAAAAUCAAGUACAACCCUUUUGCCAAAGCCUUCUUGGAUGCCAAGGAAAGGAACCACCUCAAGGAUAUUCCAGAAGCUAUGUCUGAGAGCCAGCAUGUGACCUAUUCUCACUUUCACAGAGUCUUCCUCUGUGUCUUCCUCUUAUCUCUUCCAGUGGGAGGCUGGAUCUUUUCCAAUCCGGAUGGAGUGUGUACAGCAGGAAACACCAAUUACCAGUAUACUACUCCUUUGCCUCUGUCUGCUCCCCACACCCACCAUGGCUGUGAGCACUAUCCUGGCAUCCGAGGACACCACCGGCAGGCUCCUUACCCUUCUGCGUACAUGCAUAGAAAUCAUUCUCCCUCAGUGAAUUUGAUAGAAAGCUCCAGCAAUAAUCUGCAAGUUUUCUCUGGAGCUGACAAUUGGACUUCCUUAUCCUCCACACCCCACGCCAGCAUCCUGUCUGUACCCCACACCAGCGGACCAGUCAAUCCAGGGCCUAGCCCAUACCCAUGCCUGUGGACCAUCAACAACAGUGGCGGGGGCCCUGCCGGGUCAGGCUCAGAGGUGCAUGCCAACUCCCCGGGAGCAUUUCUCCUGGGUAACCCAGCUGUGACUUCACCUGUCUCCACCCAGACACCCACUUCGGUUAGUGUGGAGGUUCUGGGGGAGCCCUCGCUGACCAGCAUCGCCAUGUCCACCUGGACAGCAGUGGCUUCACAUUCCUUUACAGGCUGGGGUAGCCCAGGUAGGGGUGGGCACCAUUCUCCCUCCUCACUGCAUGGUUAAGCAGGAUCCUAGUGAAGGUGUCAGUAGAGAAUCUGCUAGAUGUAGAGCUCUUAGAAGAACCACCUACUGAUCCCAGUGAGUCAGACUGCAGAGUCUCCCCACCCAAUGAAGUGGGUUGUAGCAGAAGCCUCAUAGGGAACGGUUUGGUUUAGAUGACGCUAAUUUUGUCACCUGCAUCUCUCUACCAUUUUCUCUUUGUGCUCCCAUUUUUUUCUGCAGCUUAUCCAUGCCAUGCUUAGGCAACAAAAGUUCGUUGAGUACCUUCCUUGUGCCCUGACCCUUACUCUCAAAUGAUUCUAGAAGGCUGCCCCUCCUGUUCUGUGGACAUAGUGUAAAGCUGGUAAGUGAGCUAAAAAUUUACCUAGCCUAAGGCUACUGCAUCAUAACUUUGUACAGUCCUAAAGGUGUGUGUAGCCACAGAGCUUCUGCUUUGAGACCAAGAGAGGGUGUAAGGCCAUGGAGUGAAGUUAACAGAAGUAGUUAAUUACAUGUUAUAGCACUGAGAAUUGAGGAAAUGAAAUCAUGUUGCUCCUUGGCUCAGAAACCUUGGGUGACUCACCAUCACCUAGAGAUCAAAGUUGAUCUCCUCUGCCAUCUGCCCUCAAAAUAUUUCUCCAGCUUUAGCUCCCUGUUACCCCAUUAGCACCCUCUAUUUCAGUCAAGGCAUACAUUCUUCCUCUAUCUUUUAAACAUUCAGUGUUCUUUCCCACCUCUGUACCUUCUCUCCUGCCUGAAAUUUCCUUCUCUGCUCAGUUCCACCUGUGCGAAUCCUGCUUAUCUCUCACGGACUGACCAGAGCAUCACCUGCUGCACCAAGCAUUUGAUCUGCCUGGGUUCCCUGCCUUCCCACUGGUUUUGCCUCUGUUACAGAGUUCAUCUCAUGCUCCCUUGUAUUUUCAGUACCUGUGUCUCUCUUCCACUAGACUGUGAGCCCCUUGAGGGUGAGGCCCAGCCUUCUCUUCUCUGUUCCCCACAGCAGCACCUGGUUCUGUGCCUAUCCUAUAGGAAGUGCCCAAUAAACACUGGCUGAACUGAA